AUGGCAAAUAAUAACUUGACUGAAUCAGUUGUAACGUACAUUCUUCUCCCAUCAGUUGUGUUUAAAUUCACCGCAAUGAUUAUUGGAGUUGUGGGGAAUACCACAGUUAUAAUUUAUAACAUUUUCUUGAGUAAAGAAAAGACAAUAACAUCGUACUUGGUAGGGAAUUUGGCACUGGCAGAUCUUCUCGUGUGUUUAACAUUUUAUCCAGUAUGGAUCAUUGAGUUUAUACAGACUAUAUUAAACAUUGAUAGUGAUCAGGAUCUGUUUUGCAAGUUAAGUCGUUCCAGUCUGCUUGCAUUGUUGUUUGUUUCUGUGGCUACACUCCUUGCGAUCACUAUUGACCGUUACAUAUUCAUUGCAAAACCUUUGAAAUAUCCAUUGAUUGUAACCCAAGAACGAGUUAGGAAUAUUGUGGCUGCUAUCUGGCUCAUUUCAUGUGGUGUUCUCUGCUUAACGGCAGUUUAUUUUAAAAAACCAAGACGGCAACCUAAACGAAGUUAUUGCCAAGUACUGGAUGAAAUCUACUGGCCUUGCGAAAUUGUUAUCCUGUAUAUACCUAUCAUUAUUAUAUUUUCUUUGAAUCUUAAAAUUUUAAGGAUUGCACGAAACCAAAAACAAAGAAUCCUUCAAGAAACGGCCAAUGUAG